UGCGCACUGGUACGAAAGGGGGCUCGUGCUCAACUCGCGCGCUAGCCGUCCGACUCGCCUCGCCUCGCCUCGCUCUCAACUCGCCAGGUUUCUCAUCCCCGCCAUGGACGAGGCUGAGACGGACGCCACGGAAAACAAGCGCGCCUCUGAGGCCAAGCGAGCCUCAGCCAUGCCGCCACCGCCUCCGCCUCCCAUCUCUCCGCCCGCCCUCAUCCCGGCACCCGCGGCCGGUGAGGAGGGCCCGGCGUCCCUGGGCCAGGCGGGCGCUGCCGGCUGCUCUCGCUCUCGGCCCCCGGCGUUGGAGCCCGAGCGCAGCCUGGGCCGCUUGAGAGGCCGCUUCGAGGACUACGAUGAAGAGUUGGAAGAGGAGGAGGAGAUGGAGGAGGAAGAAGAGGAGGAGGAAGAGAUGAGCCACUUCUCUCUGCGUCUGGAGUCCGGACGGGCGGACUCGGAGGACGAGGAGGAGCGCCUGAUAAACCUUGUCGAGCUGACCCCGUACAUCCUGUGCUCCAUUUGCAAAGGUUACCUGAUAGACGCAACCACCAUUACAGAGUGUCUUCAUACCUUUUGUAAAAGCUGCAUUGUGAGACAUUUUUACUAUAGUAACAGAUGCCCAAAAUGCAACAUUGUUGUCCACCAGACUCAGCCUCUUUAUAAUAUAAGGUUGGACCGGCAGUUGCAAGACAUAGUAUACAAAUUAGUGAUCAAUCUAGAGGAAAGAGAAAAAAAGCAAAUGCAUGACUUCUAUAAAGAAAGAGGUCUAGAAGUCCCCAAGCCUGCUGCUCCACAGCCAGUCCCUUCAAGCAAAGGAAGAACCAAGAAGGUCCUAGAGUCAGUGUUUCGUAUUCCACCUGAACUUGAUAUGUCUUUAUUACUUGAGUUCAUUGGUGCUAAUGAAGACACCGGACAUUUUAAGCCGUUGGAAAAGAAGUUUGUGCGUGUCUCAGGAGAAGCAACUAUUGGGCAUGUAGAAAAAUUUCUUAGAAGAAAAAUGGGUCUUGAUCCAGCUUGCCAGGUACAGUACAUUUGUGGUUUACACCUUCUCUUCCAAGAUUUAAGAAAAAUGGAGAUGGGAGGCAUGGCACUGCAGGAUGGUCUGCUUGUUCUUCAUUAUGGUCUUGUGGUUUCUCCUUUGAAAAUAACUUGAAGAUGCAAGGGUUUAUGAGGAGAGAAACCCAGUCGGAGGCGUCUGCAUAUCUGCAUUGCACCAAAGAUUCUCACAAAGCAUGUAGCUAUGACUACUUUCCGCUGUUAAGAGCUGGCUUCCGGUGUCAGUACCAGAACCUAGCGUUGUGUACAACUUGAAACAAUAGAAUGUAUUUGCUACACUAAAGACUAUGUAAACAACAGUCAUAACUCAGGGGAAAAAGCUGAAAACACUGAAUUUUAAAAUUCCUUGUGAUUCCAAAUAUGAGGAAGUUGCUGGUUGCUUCCCAUCUUUGAGGUGGGUUGGUCAGUUUCCCAUAACUGGAUUCUGCCCUCCAGCUGCAUGGGUUGGGUGGUUUCCUUCAGAACAGUUUUGCUUUGAAUUCAAAGCCAGUCUGUUAAACCUCGGGGUGCGCUCCGCACCGAAACUACUGGCCACUUACAAGUUCCUGUCCUAUUCUGAACUUCAAACAAAAUUCCACUGAUAGCAUUCAAGCACUGUUGCUCAGCUCUCUCUGAGGCUGAGAGACGCUGUCUCCUGUUAGAAAUGGCUCUUCUUAACUAACAUCCCUUAAAUAAGUAUGAGGUGCUGCUUUCUGAUGGGACACUGGGACAGGUGUCACAAAAUUCCUCAGUGUGGCUCUGGAUAAUGGCCCUGCUUCUAACAGUAGCAACACAUUUCAGGUGAAUUACCAGAAGUUUACAGAACCCUUAUUGUUCCUCAGUCACUUAAUUAUCCGGUUCCGUGUUAAUGUUUUUGUUUUCUUGCCAUUUGGAUAAAGAAUCAGAGUCUUUGAGAACCUUGCUUUCACAGAGACUUCAUUGUAAACAUUACUUUGCCUAAAAUUAGCAUCCUGAUGCUUUCUAUUUUAUAGACUUAAUUCAUAGCAAAAUUUCCAAAUCUGUACAGAAAUUUAAAAAAAAAAUAGACUUAAAUUGGCGAUUGUUUUUGUAAAGAAUUUAUGAAUUGUACAUAAAUCUCUUCUGACAUUUAAUAAAAAUUUAUUUUAGCCAA